AUGCCUCCCCGCCCCGUGCUGGCAGUGCAUGUUUCUGCUGUGAUGCGCCUCCUGGUGCUGCUGGGACCCGAACGCGCCGCCCGCGGCACGCUCGCGGAGGGCCCGCGCGACGCCCCCCGCUGGGGGGAGGUCCUGCCGCACGCUCUCCCGCAGCCGGCCCGAGGGCCAGCCAAGGCCACGCCGCGCGUGCGGACGGAGCUCGGCGCCCGCGCGGCGGCCGGGGCCGAGCUCGGCGUCGCCGCCGCGGUCGGCCUGGGCCCCGGGGGCACGGCGCGCCUCGCCGGGCCGGGAGGCGUGCCGGAGGAGUGGCGGCUCUUCGACCCCGUGCGGGCUGGGAGCACCUCGUCCGUGGUGCGGCCCGACGGUGCCGUCGAGACACUGGUCAGAGCGUCCUCGGCGAUCACGCUCGCCUCGCCUCUGGCGACCGCGUUGUGGAAGGGCGCGGGUCUGGCCAAGGUCUCGCCCGACGACUACGUGGACCCCCCCCCCCCGCGGUGGCGCGUGCCCUGCCAGCGCCGCCGUGGCCAGCGCGGGCGAGUGUGGCGCGGCGGCGGCCGCCUUCGGGGUGGCCGCGGGCCGCUUCUGGCAGGUCAGCGCCAGCCACCUGCCCUCCGGGUGCUCGACGCGAGUGGGACGUGGCUUCGUCUGGAACACGAGCCCCAGCGGCAACGCUUCGGGCGGCGAGCUGGUCCCAGUCUGCCGCAGGGGAUCCUCGGGCGGCGCUGA